GGCUGGCUGCUGGAAUCAUUCGCCGCGCAGAGGACGGGCAGCAGCAAACCGUCUCUGGUGUGGUUGUGUUGGUGUUAAUCGCAGCAUAGCGCAGAAGAAGUUUUCAGUAUACAGUUGAAGAAUGUGGGAGAUUGGCAAGUGAGAAACAAGAGUGGGCCAAAGUGGGCACGGGGGGUGGAGAAGGUGACAGGCUGGUUGGCUGGCCGGGUUGGUGUUGAUAGAGGUGCUUGUGUUGUUGUUGUUGUUGUUGGGUUGAGGCGACCGAUGCGCUGAAGGGGGAGGACACCAAUUUUCAUCUGUCGCUCAAUCGCCGUGCACAAACACAGUCCCACGCAUGCACAUGCAUGCAACGGGCGAAGGAAAAGCCGACACAACUGGCACACAGGACGCAACAGAGUUGCCAGUGGGAGAUUGUUGGUCCUGUGAGAUUGUUAUUCUAGGAUUUUUUUAAAUAGUAAAUGUGUUAAUUUAGUAUAAUAACGAUAUUUACGUGUCGGUUAGCCCCCUUUUUGCUUCAUCGUCGUCGUUGUUCGCGCGAUCACUGGCAUGCAGGCAACGCUGUUGCGCCCACCCCAAGCGAGAGGGUUUCUCGCUGGCUGAAAGGCAUGUUGUGAAAUGUUGCUGCACCUGGUGUAAAAUUGCUAAACCCACAGUCAUCGCAGCCUGUUGAAAGUGCCAGCGUUAAGCGCUCGAAAAAGUUAAAUAUUAAAAUUAUAAUAGAAGUAUAUUUGAUAGUUGGUCGUGUGAGAAGCGAUGAAUUUUUCGUUGUUUUUGUCGUUUUUUUACCCGCUACACAAUUUUGUACUGUGGAGUUAUUAAUCGCAUUCUGCCGCGACUUGUGAGUCUGUGCUGUCGUGUGUGUGUAUGAUAUUGAUAAAGUGGAAGAAACAAGAUAAGUAAAAAAAAAGGUGGAAGAAGUUGAUAAAUCCGGUGGCCGGUGGCAACAAGCAUGGAAACAGUGGCCCCCGUUGCCAGUAGCUUAAAGUCCGAACCCUGUGGUCAUGGAAUAGGUUCAAAGUUGUUUGCUGAUGGUGGGCAACCGCUGCUAAAGCAACAACAGCAACACCGACAAAAACAACAAAAGUUACAACAAUGCUAAUGAGUUCGGAUUCCUCCUGGUUCGGUUCGAUUCGAUUGUGAUAGCAGCAGCGGCAUAGUUUUUUUUUUGAGUUGUGUUACGUGUGUCAAGCAGAGUCAAGUCAUGCCAUCAUGUCCGCUUCGUCAACGCGACUGCCACUGAAGAAGCGCAAGAAGAAGCCACCAGUGGAUGAAGAGAAGAAUAAAAAUAAAAUUAAAAAUUAAGAUAAUAUAAACGAUCAUCAUCAGCGGGCAAGUUUUCCUCUAAAUACCGGAGAGAGCUUGCCGAAAGAAAGAAUCAGGAUCGAAAAUCUCAACAGCUUCGGAUCACGACCGACCGGCCAAGAAGAAGUCGUUGUCGUUGCGGUCGAAAAAAGUAUUCGUAGGGAAGAUAGAAAAAGAGGGAAGAAAAAAAUCAAGUGAAAGAACCCGUGUGCCGUGGAAACCGCUAAGAAGAGAAAUAAUAAAACACUCAGUCGACUAUUUCCAGAAGAGAUCGGCCGGCAAUCAUCCCGCUGCAGUAGUAGUCGUCGUCGUCGUCAUCGUAAUCACCAUUUUUCAUUUAGUUCCCCCUCCCCGCCCAGGUACGGGAGGAGCCUCUAAUCUAUACCAGACUUCCGCCUGCCUCUCUCACAGCGGUCUCCGGUCGGGAGAGCUUUAGCCACCCGCCGAUAAUAUGGAUAAAUAUCUGCUGCUGCUCGUGCUGUUCUACAUUCUCAACCACAAACUGGAUGGCGUUGCCGGCGAUCAGGUUGUACUUCUGGACACAACAAAGGAAGCAACCCUAGAAUGGACUCGGUAUCCGUACGGACCGCAGGCGCAGACUCCCGGUUGGGUGGAGGAAUCGUUCACCAAUUUUGUGAAGGGCAUCAACUGGCGCAGCUACGUGGUGUGCGAUGUAGCCUACAACAACGUCAAUAACUGGCUAUGGUCACCGUUCAUCGACCGAGGCCCGGCCAAUAGGUUGUACAUUGAGAUUCACUUCACCAUCCGAGAUUGCUCGCUGUUUCCGGGCAAUGCGCUCUCGUGUAAGGAAACGUUCAGUUUGUUGUUCUACGAGUUUGACGCUGCAACCCGGGAGCCACCCCCUUGGCAGCCGGAAAGUUACAAACUGAUCGGACGAAUUGCUGCCGGCGAAGGUCGGUUCAAUCAGAACUCGGACGUGGACAUUAAUGUGGAGGUUAAGAGUAUAGCUGUUACGAAGAAGGGUGUUUAUUUCGCGUUCCGCGAUCAAGGAGCCUGCAUUAGUGUCCUAGCCGUGAAGGUGUACUACAUCACGUGUCCAGCGGUGACAGUGAAUUUCGCUCAUUUCAAUGAGACCCCGACUGGACGGGAAAUUACAAUCAUCGAGCAGCAGACGGGCAUUUGCGUGGAGAACGCGGAAGCCUAUGAGACGCCAACCUAUCUAUGUAAAGGAGACGGCAAGUGGACGAUCCUGAGUGGUGGAUGCCGUUGCAAGGUUGGCUAUGAGCCGGACCAUGAAAAGCAGACGUGCAACGUUUGCCCGGUGGGUAAAUUCCGCUCCACGGAAGUAGAAGCUUGCACGAUCUGUCCACUGAAUUCGAAAACCAACAAAAUCGGGUCACCAUUUUGUCCCUGUCUGAGUGGUCACUAUCGCCAUCCGCGGGAUGGAAAACAUAUGCCAUGCUACAAACCGCCAGGGCCACCGACAAACCUGACCCUGCUGUUUAUUGACCAAACCAGUGCCAUUCUAUCGUGGAACGCUCCCCAGCGAGCGGUGGAUGAGCAGCUGGACACGAAGUAUCGCAGUGACAUCGUGUUUCGGAUAAAGUGUUCCGCCUGCACCUCUAACGUGGUGUUCAAUCCGUCCACGGAAACGUUCAACGAUACGAAGCUAACGCUGACCAACCUGGAACCGGUCACCACCUAUACGGUGCAGAUCCACUCCCAGCACGGAGUGUCCUAUCUGAUCAGCGCCGAAUUGCAGCAGGGCGGUAGUGGUGGGGCCGGCUAUGACAACAGCAGCGGAGGUUUCAACGGAAACCAUUAUCAUCACGCGACGGAAGCACCCAACCAGGCUCGAACCUCAUCAUCCGAUCUGGACGACAUCAAGACGGAGUUUGCGGAGAUUACUUUCACUACGGAGUCGGCCAUCCUCAGUACGGUCUUCAAUGUGAAAGUAAUCUCCAUCACCAACCGGGAGGUCGAUCUGGUCUGGGAUAAGCCGAUGCACAGCGAUUCACCGAUCGAGUACUACGAGGUCCGGUGGUUCCUGAAGUCGGAGGUGGACGCUAUGAACAAAUCGGUACUGAGCACCAAAGAGUCCAAGAUUCACAUCAGCGACCUGCAGGAGAACACCGAGUACGGAUUUCAGGUGCGCUGCAAGACACUGAACGGCUGGGGUACCUUCAGUAACAUCGUGUACGCUCAGACCCACCAGAGUGUUAGUCCAGUGUACGAUGAUUCUUUCCAAAUGCGAAUUGUUGCUGGUUCAACAGUUGCCGUUGUUUUUAUCUUAGUCUUAGUGAUCGUCGUCACCGUUCUAUUCCUGCGCUCGAAGAGCCACGAUGACAUCGACAAAAAGACCAACAAUCAUCUACCGCUGCCGUUGGAUUACGCCAGCAACGAAGGACUAGUAGUGACCUAUAUUCACGCAAUGGACACAACGCCGAUCGUGAAAACGAUGAAAAACAAUGGUGGUUCUUACGGGUAUUACCGACCACGUCGUAACAAUUUUGCAGUGACCACGCCACUGUUCGGCACCAGCAGAAGCUACGUCGACCCGCACACCUACGAGGACCCGAACCAGGCGAUUCGCGAGUUCGCCCGGGAGAUCGAUGCCAGCUACAUCACGAUCGAGGCCAUUAUAGGAGGAGGCGAGUUCGGUGAUGUUUGCCGAGGGCGGCUGAAGAUUCCGCCGAACUUCGUGCAGGAGAUCGACGUUGCCAUCAAGACGCUCAAGCCGGGCUCUUCGGAGAAGGCCCGCUGCGAUUUUCUGACCGAGGCGUCCAUCAUGGGCCAGUUCGACCAUCCGAACGUGAUCUACCUGCAGGGCGUGGUGACGCGCUCAAAUCCGGUGAUGAUCAUCACCGAGUACAUGGAAAACGGCAGCCUGGACACGUUCCUGCGGGCUAACGACGGCAAGUUCCAGACGCUGCAGCUGAUCGGAAUGCUCCGGGGGAUCGCCGCUGGAAUGUCUUAUCUGAGCGACAUGAAUUACGUCCACCGGGAUCUGGCGGCGCGCAAUGUCUUAGUUAAUUCCUCACUAGUGUGUAAGAUUGCCGACUUUGGGCUGUCGCGGGAGAUCGAGAACGCGAGUGAUGCGUACACGACGAGGGGAGGUAAAAUCCCCGUCCGCUGGACAGCUCCGGAGGCGAUAGCGUUUAGGAAAUUUACGUCCGCCUCGGACGUGUGGUCUUACGGUGUGGUGCUGUGGGAGGUGAUGUCGUACGGCGAGCGGCCGUACUGGAACUGGUCCAACCAGGAUGUGAUAAAGAGUAUCGAGAAAGGAUACCGGCUGCCGGCCCCGAUGGACUGCCCGGAGGCGCUGUACCAGCUGAUGCUGGACUGCUGGCAGAAGCAGCGAACCCACCGGCCAACGUUUUCCAGCAUCACGCAAACGUUGGACAAUUUAGCGCGACAGCCACAGGUGUUGCUGACGACGCGAAACUCGCCGGACAAUCCGGUGACGCGACUCGGAAACGAUCUCAGCGAUGAAAUGUUGGCAGCAGCCCAGCAGCGAAGCAUGCUCGGGGGAAUGGGAACAACCGAGCGGAUAUUGAACAAUGGCAGUGGGGGCGCCGGUGGCGCUGGUUCCGGUAGCAUUCCUGGCGGGGUAAGCAGCGUCGGAAGUGUGGGGAUGAGUGCGGCUAGCAUGGGUACGCUUGGAUCCACCGCCGGAGGACUCAGUAAUACAGGAACCAUGACAGGCACCGGACCUGCUGGUGGUGUGUUUAUCAGUACCGACCUGUGGCUGGAGAGCAUCAAGAUGUCGAGGUACUCGCAGCACUUUAAAGAGGCGGGACUGGUCACAGCUCAGCAGAUAUCACGGCUAACGGCCCAACAGUUGUCUGACAUGGGCAUCACCCUAGUGGGACACCAGAAAAAGAUUCUGCACCAAGCGCGACAGAUAGAUACCAUUAUUUAAAGAAACUCUGCUGCAGCCAGCAACAGACUUUCACCGAGUGACGCAUGACGACGAAAAUCUCUCCCCCUCAAUUUUCCGAUGGUAGACAGCAGUAACAGCUAACUAUCACACAUCACAUAUACACACCCGUAAUCGAAACUAGCUGGCAUUCUACUACUACUACAACAGUCGACUUGUCAAUGAAUGGUCCCAGUUUCAAAGCUAGAUGCAUCUUCACGGCUGUGCAUCCUUGCUACUUAUCCGAUAAUACUUAAGUUCAUAUCCCAAUGAAAAACAAACAAUCGAAGGAAAAGUGAUGCCAGUGCCAGUUUCAGUGGCAUGCCCCGUGACUGUUUUUUUGUACAUUGUUUUUAUGUUAGUUCUAAAGUUAAGCGAAUUAGUUUUACUUCUAACUGAAUCGAGAGAGAUUAUAGGAAUGCAUUUAUACAAAGUAGUCUUAAGCGGAUCGAGACAAAUGAACAUUAAUUUAAACAACAACAAAAAAAGAAAAUACGAAACAGCAGCAGUACACCCGGAUUGGAAGAAAACUAACCUCGACUCAGAGAAGAUUGUUACUUAGAACAGAAACUUGAUUCAUUUUUCGUGCACUAUUUCUUCGUUCAAAUCAGCAGAAUUGGCAUACCUUACAAAAACUAGAGCGAGAGAGUAAAAGAUGGAACGACAAACAAUGUGAUUUUUUAUACAAUAGCAAUAGAUAGAGGAUCGUUUUUUUUUGAUUUUUUUUUGCUUAGUGUACAAUACAAUCUAGUAUUGCAACUACUUCCACACUACUGCAACUACUACCACUAAUAGUGCUACUAUAAAACUUCAAUUAGAAAGAGAGAAAACAAAAAACAUACACAAUAGAUCACACACACACAGAAGAGAACAUGAAACAACAGCGUUGAUAUUAAUUUACGAAGCAGAAGUAAAAAGAGGAAAGCACAUUCCAGAAGACGGAAUAGUGCAACAGAAAACGUGAUACGGGAUAAAUGAAAAGCAAGCAUUACAGCAUCAGUGAGAAUACAUUCGCAUUUAGUGAGUAGGACUCGUGAGAGUGUGUGUGUGUGCGUGUGAGAGAAAGAGAGAGUAAAAAACCACAGAAACGAAAAGAUGACUGUGCGGGGCUGCUGCGCUCCUGUAUCAUAGCAAGUAGGAAAUCGCUAUCGCUUGGGGAACAAACGAUAGAAAAAAAAAAAAAACAAGACGAGGAAUCUCAUCACAGUCCGACUGAGAAUCACUGUUUUUAUUGUUUCUCAAUUUGGUUUAUUUUGUUUUGCUUUUUUUGUAUCUUAUGAUUCAUCCGUAGCAGUCCCUCUUUUCCUGUGUAUAGUUAGAUUUUACAGCUUUAUUUUAUUGCUAUUUUUAUGCUGUUUAUAUAUUUUUUUUAACUUAAGCGUAAAUCGUAGUAGAGCAAACAAGGCGGCUUUAUUUUUUCUGUGAAAUAUAGCUGCUUUUUUUCCUGGUAUGUAAUAAAAGCAAGAGUGAGAUUAAUUCAUGAUUUAUUUUGAUUUAUUUCAUUUUUUUUUCUUACAUGUCCGAAUAGUAUUGGUUGGAGUUUUAAAAAGUAUGUUAUGACUUUCAACCUCCUUUGAUCCUUUGAUAAUGUUGCUUUAUUUAAAUUUAUAACCUGAAUUACAAAAAAAGUGAAAAAGCUAUGUCUUUAUAUAUCAUAAUGCUGAUAUAUAAAGCCCAAACUUAAAGAGAUCUUAGGUUACUCCCUUGUGGUGCGCAAUGAGGUUCCUAAAAUGCAAACACUGUUUCAUUCACGUGUAGCAUUAAUACUCAUAUUGUGAGCAAUUUUAUGUGAUACUAGCUGACCCGGCAAACUUCGUCCCGCCCAUUUUAGUGUUUAAUUUAAUAAUUUUAAACAUUUCAAAUUCAUUGAUUCCUUGCGAUUUGUUUAUAUCGUUUGAAAUGAUUGGUUUUAUCGGAAUGACAACAUCUUCGACUGUUGACUUUUUUACAUCACCUCUAUUCCGGGAAUAUAUUGAAUGCAUUUCAGUUAUUUUUGUUGUUUUCCAGAAACUGAAGGUGGUCAUCUUCGAAUUCAAAAUGGUGUCCAGGGUCAAUGCUUGUCUUCUUUAUAUUAUUUCAAUCACGGACAUAUCCAUAUGUAGUAGUAUUCGGUUAUUUUCGGCUGUUUCCCAGAAGUUGCCAUUUUAAAUUCAAACUGGUGUCUGAGGUCAAUUUUUAGCUUCUUGUAUCAUUCUGGAUCCGGUGAUACACAUAUUGGGUGGUAUUUGGUCACUUCAGGCUAUUCUUCAGAAACCGUGAGUCGCCAUCUUGGAUUUUAAAAUGGCAUUUGGAGACAAUUUCUGACCCCUGAGCGUCAUUCUGGUUAAAGAAACACUCAUAUUGGGUGGUAUUUUGUCAUUUUUGGCUGUUUUCCAGACACCGGAAGUUGCCAUCUUACAAUUCAAAAUGUUGUCUGAGGUCGAUUUGUGGUUCCAGUGCAUCGUAAAAAUCCCGGAAAUGCCCAUAUUAGGUGGUAUUUGAUCAUUUGCCGCUGUUUCUCAGAAACCAGAAGUCGCCAUCUUGGAUUUUAAAAUAGCAUUUUGACACAUUUUCUGGCCUCUGAGCGUCAAUCUGGUUAAAGAAACACUCAAAUUGGGUGGUAUUUGGUGAUUCUCGGCUGUUUUCCAGACACCGGAAGUCGCCAUCUUACAAUCCAAAAUGUUAUCUGAGGUUGAUUGGUCGAUUUGUGGCUUCAGCGCAUCAUAACAAUUCCGGAAACACGCAUAUUGGGUGGUAUUUGGUCAUUUGCCGCUGUUUUUCAGAAACCGGAAGUCGCCAUCUUGGAUUUCAAAAUAGCAUUAAGGGACAGUUUUUGGCCUCUGAGCGUCAUUCUGGUUAAAGAAACAGCCAUAUUGGGUGUUAUUUGGUCAAUUUCGGCUGUUUCCAGACACCGGAAGUCGCCAUCUUACAAUUCGAAAUGUUAUCUGAGGCCGCUUUCCAUAUUACAAAAGCGACAGACAUCAUCCUGAACCCGACCAAUGUUCUUUAAAUGAUAUCUACUUAGAAAGUGCCCCGUUACUAGGCCGACGUAUGUACAAAGAGCUCUUUUGUUGAGCUCUAGGAGCUUUUUUGAAUGAUUCUCGGUUGGUGUUAUAGAUCUUUUAGAUUGGGAACACUUUUUGACAUUCAACCAACUGGUUUGUUCCUCCCAGCGUUUGAGCUCCAUUUUCAUUGCACAGCUCGAUAUACCGCAGAAAGGUUCUGGGCCGACAAACUGUGAGUUAGAUCCUUGUUUUGCAAGUUCGUCUGCCUUUCAUUCCCACCAAUGCCACAAUGUCCUGGGACUCAAUACAAAUUUACUGAGUUUGUUUACAAAUAACAUUUAAUUGUACUUCACAUUUGAGCUCUGAGAUGCAAUCUGACGUGUAAUCCAUUAGACUCGAUUGAUAUGAAUUAGGUUUUUAAGUUUUAUGAAGACAUGAUUUUGCGGUUAUUAGAAUAUGGUACUUUGCGAGUUGCGGAUCUGCAGGAUCUAGACCUACGAGGUACACAAUCUAGAAUUUGAAAAUUUCAUAAUUUGUAAAUGCUAAUGAUUGCUGUUAAGGAUUUUUGGAUUGAGGAGUUCAAGCUCUAGAAUGCUAGUCUUCACAAUUACAGAAAUGUAGGAUUUAAAAAUCUUGAAGUCCCCAAAUAAAUUUAUAAAUUAUAUAGUUGCGGAAGAAUUCAGGGAUUUUACCAUGGCACCUUAAGAUUUCAAGAUUUGGUUUUUUAAAGUUGGUUUCUCGAGAUUAAUGAAACUCUAAAUAUGAUUAACCAAUAAAAAACAGAUUACAAGAUUGAGGUUACAGUUUUGCAUGAUUUCAAUACUACUCAAAUUUCCAAUUAAGGAGAAACGUAAAGGAAAUCAAAAGCUUGGGUAAUUAUUAUUAUUUUUCUAUUGGAAUCUUCCAACGUCUGUCCUUUGAGUCCCACUUGAUUGACCUAAAGUUGAGUAUAAACAAAAAAGUAAUACGAAAGCUCAAAAUUUGUAAGUUAUUUUAUUGGUCUCCGUGGUUCUGUGGUUAGCGAUGUCGGUCGGCUAGCUCUCCUACACGGUUGUGAUACCGGGUUCGAUUCCCGAUCAGGUCGAGAAUCUUUUAGAGCUGGAAAUUUUCUGGACUCAGCACUGGGGCACGAUGUAUCGUUGUACUUAUACUAUAACAUGCAAAAUGUCUCGAAAACAAUAUCGAUAACGAAUUACCUCAACUAAUCUAGUUGAUCGAGACCGCAUUAGCUCCCCAGGCUAGUGUGCGAUAUUGUUGUUGUUGUUUAUUUAUAUUGGCAAUCAACAAAUAUUUAAAAUUUUAAAUGGUUAUUUCUUUCUUUACUUUUUACCUUAAUAUAGCCUGCCAUGUUUAAUCAACGUGUUUGUGUACUUUCUACAACUCGUGAUUCAUGCGCCUACGUUACACUCAAUUCUCUAGUUCGCCAUCGAGUACCGAUAAAUACACUCGAAGACCGCUCGCCGAUCGGCUUUCUGUCACGUGUAAGAUUCAUGUCCGCAGGACGCCACCGGAAGAAUCAGCGUAUUGUACAGCGUAAUUUUGAAUUUCGUGCAGAUCUGUAGACUGCGGGACCUAAACUGGCUACGCAAUUCGUAAUAAACCCUGUUCGCUGCGGCAAUCCGUCGCGUCACCUCGUUAUCACCCGUUACAACAAUCACACUGUGUUAUUUUAGUGAUGUUUGUGUGUUUGAGAAUGUAGCUGCUUAUUUAUUUCAUCGACUUUAUGCAUUGGAAUGGCUCAGAUCGAAUUUAUUCAACAUAUUUCUAGACAAUAUCAUUUUUCUUCACAUGAUUAUCAGUGAGAAUUGACAUUGGUGACAGUCAAUUUCAGUUUCAAUUUGAGGGAAUGAAAUUGCGGUUGUGUGAUUUUCAUUACGUAGUUUCGAAAUUUCGCAGCUCUUAAUUCAGUAUAAAGCACCAAUGCUCGUAGAAGCACCACGUUCUCUGCCAACCAUGUUUAUGAUUAAUUAGUUAUGUUUAUGGUAAGUCUAGUUCUCGCAGCUUCUCUUCUGAGAGCCGUAAGAGCCUCGUUCCUAGUUCCACGAUUCACAACGAUGAUGUCGAUGCAGUCCGCGAAGCCUAGAAGCAUGUGUGGCUUCGUGAUGAUGGUAUCACUCCUCGACACAUCUUCCAAGGCUAUAUUGAACAGCUAGUGCUAGAACCCGUCUCCUUACUUCAAAGACCAUCCAACGACGAUUGAAACACUGGAGCGAUACUUCAAAAAACUUCGAUACCAGGUAUCGGAGUAUUGGUUGAAGGAGUAUCGAUAUUCGAUGCUGCGAUAGUACUGGUAUCGGACCUGCCAUUUAUUUUUAAACUGCAAAUAUCUGCCAGUCAGCAAAAAUCUGCACACAAAUUCUAAAAAUCUACGUUCCGCAGACAAAUCUGCAUAUCUGAUACCCCUGGAGAGAGGCAGUUGAUGGUAGAAAAAAUCUAGCGAUGCUGCAAGUACCGUUUAAAAAGUAUCGAUACCGAUACUCAUCUCUCGCGGUGAGUACCGAUACCAAAAUACUCGAUACCACGACCCAUAGUAUCGAUGCUAGUAUCGCCCAUCCCUAGUUUAUGCCACUCAGAUUGUCUUAUAUAGAGCUGCAACCACUGUUGCCAACUGUACAGAUUUAUCUGGAAAUGUACAGAUUUUCUCGGGUAUUUCGGUACAGAUUCUGUACCGUACAGAUUACAGAUUUCGAGAAAAAGUACAGAUAAGUACAGAUUUUUUAGAUGGUUAGAAAGGAUUAGACAAAACUUUUUGGUCGACUCUGAAUGGGAUCUUGUAAUCCACGCACUUAGAAUUUACUGCCAAAUCUCGGUAAUUUACUGUUAAAAAACGGCAGUUGUUACAUUUUUUUGUAAAUCUCGAUUUAACCGAACUAAAAUGUUGGCACAAAAUAUCCGAAAUAUCGGUAGUGUUGCUGAAUUAUGGGUUUCAUUGUUUUUUGGCUGAAUUUUCAGGAGAUUGAACCGCAAUGGCUCGGUAAUAUGUAUUUCCGAGCCCCAUUCUUAAGUGUGCAAAAGUUUUAUUGAAAAUCGAGCUAGUAGUUUGAAAUGAAUAUUAACUGAGUCAACGCAGUCUCAGUUUUCUCUAAACAAUUCACGUUGAAGCUGUAUGAAAAUAGAAAAUAAAUUUGGGCCAGUGGUACAGAUUUUUCCCGGAAAUAGUACAGAUGAAAAAGAUUUUUGCAGCUCCCGGUACAGAUGAAAAUGUGGCAACACUGCCUGCAACGUUAUCGGGUUAUCUGUCAGUCUCCAAGUGACUAGCUAGGAGGUAAUAAACGUAUAGUGUGUGCAUCAAGUAUAAAGGCCACUCUCCGACGUAAUACUUGACCGUCGUCGUCCAGGGAAGACAAGGGCUGGCGACUGGAGGGGUUUUAGUGGGUCCGGAACAGGCUGAGUAGAUGUUUGGGGGAGUCUAACCACUCUCCUACACUCAAAAUAAUUUUCACGUCAUAAUUACCGGAAAAGUUAUGUGAAUAUUUUCCACUGUCAUUUCCACGUAGAUUCUACGUGAUUGCCAUUUGAGUUCAUUUAUGAUCUGGUGAGAUGAUUUAUUCUAUGAAUCUUAUACAGCAGACAUAUGCAUUUUAUGUGAAUUUCCCGUAGAACUCAACUAUCGGUAAAAUGGGAAGCAUUCAAUUAUCUGCUAGCUACUACGUUUGAUACAACGUAAAAUUUCCAAAUUUUGUUUCCCCAAUUCUUAAGAGACGGCAAAUAGUUUUUAGAAAUUGGAAAUAUGUUGCUUGAUAAAUCGCACGGCCAUACAAAAUCGCCGAUUCGUAAAUGAAUCAAACGACAUAAAAACGGACAAAUAUUACGACAUUUGCCGACGUUAACUAUUGUAAGCUGCAACUGUUUAUGUAUAAGAAACUCCUCGACCUUUGAACUAAAUCUGUGUGAAACCUGUAAGCUCAAGGCUCUAUGUCAAAUUCGUACGGUUUUUCGAAGCUCACUCGGCAAGCCGUCGAGAAAUUCUUUUUUAUUGUCAGAGAAUGAGUUAGACAACAGCUUCGCCAUUUUGAUUCCUGUGUAUUUUCACAUAGAGAGUUCACGCGAUACUUCCUCUAUGACAUUCUGUUUGACGUUGCCAAGUUCACGUAGAUACUACGUGAUAAAAACAUAGUAUGCAUGUGAUUUUCACGUAGAUGUUAUGUUUGUCACAUAAAUCAUGCAAAAUGACAGAAAGUACAGGAAAUUUCACGUAACAAUAAAGUGAAAAAUAUUUUGAGUGUAGUUUCAUCCCCACACCCUGAGUUCCCCGUUACCUUGAAGAAAAAUGUAGUCCGUAUGUAGUUUCUCCUUAGUCCGUACCCUCAGGAUAAUCUGGUGAAUUACCCUAUACAGUCACUCACUUCAGACUUUAAAAGGUUCGACUGGUAAACCGUCCUUUACCGUCCGGUUUGUGGUUCUUCAACUUUUUCGCAAAUUUUGCCUACGUCGUCCAAGGUUUGCGGAUCCACAGCUUACCAAUCUUCCCAAACUGCUCUCCUGUUCCAAUCGACGACGCGCCUACCUUCCUCGCCGUUCAACACCACCUUGAAGUGUUGUUCCCAACACCUGGCCACCUGCGACUUUUCGGUAAUCAGGUUCUCUUCCAUAUCAUUACACAUGCCAGAAACUGACACGAUCUGGUGCCUGAUUCCUUGAUACGUUCUAUAGAAACUCCCCGUAUCUUGCCUGGUGAAGCAGUUCUCCGGGGGGAAGCGAUCGUAGUGCUACGUUUCUUUUGGCGGUGAAGCCUUCUUCGGAAAGCUCUAGCUUCCUGGUAUAUCUCCCGUAUCUGAUGCGUCACACGGUUUGCUGUUGCUAACGUGUAAGCGUAGGCUCGGUUUUUUCCUCAGUCACCCCUAGACACUCAGCAUCAAACCAUCCAUUACGGGUGGUUCCCACUGCUUCUGUACUGCUUCGUUGACUGCGUCGUGGAUGUGCUUCCACUGUUCGUUCGGGUUAACUUCAACUGAUUCAUCAAAUUUCCGAGUUUACUUUGUAGCAACUCCUUCCGCUGAAAGCCUCAGACGUAUCUUUCUCUUAGAUAUUGAUUUAAGUACGUUGGACAAUCGGGUGCGAAUCUUGCCUACCGCACAUCGAUGACAUCUCCCUCUCUCAGCCACCAAUCUCCAGCUCUAUUUCUCCUUGGGUCUACCGUUAGGGUUAGGUUAGUCUCUUACUUCGAAGACCUCUUAGGUCAGUUAGCUUUCACUGGCAUUUCGAUGGUUGAUCCGUCGAUUAGUGCAACUCGUGAAACCAUCUGGGAAGCAGACGCAUUGACUACCCUUCAGGAGCCCUCGUUGUCGUACAUCCUACGCACUAUAAUAUCCGGUAUGAUAACUGGCCCGCUCACUGUCAACAUUCCACUCCUUGCCUGUGCAAAACAAGGGCAAACAGAGAGCACAUGCUCAUCGGUUUCCUUCUGGACAUGAUUUAAAUAGUGGCACGAAGCUAAUUCCGGUCAGAAGAUUGUAGGUCUCUCGUGUUGCUUCUACAGAGGAAGCAGUCGUUUCUGUAGACACUCCUUGAGGUAGAUAUCCGCGCUUACAGUCCUGAUAGUCGAAUGGCACACUACUCUCGCCACAUAAGCAGAUCGCUAGCCUUAUCAGGUAUUUCUUGGCAAACUUUAAAAGAUUCUGCUUCUCAAUUUCCUCUGGAACAUCAAGCUUGUGGUGGUCAAUGAAGAACAGUAGCCCCGGAAGCAGUCGAAAGUCCGCCGUCGUGCGGCGACUUACACACUCGACAGCCCAAGCGUUGAAGUUACCCAGCGCCAUCACCGGCUGUUUGUUCCAUAGUUAUUCGAUCGACCAUCUGAGCGAAUCUUACUGUAGACCAACGCAGCGGAGAACAACAACUAGAGUGGACUUCCUUAUCCACCUUGGCAAACAUGGUUUAUAUGACAAACAAGGUCCAUAUGGCCGUCAUUCUGGACUUAUCCUCAUCGAUGACGUCUGAAAAGUGCCGAUCAUCGAUCAGUAUGUGGUCGAUCUGGGAGCAAAUGUUCGAAUGUUCAGAAGUGCAAAUAGGUUUAGUCAUCCUCCUGGUCGCGAAGAAAUUCACUAACAUCAAGCCAUUGUCGUUGAUGGUAGAGGCUUUUUUCUACCAAUAACGCAGCGAAAGGAUGCCUCCAGUCUGACUUGAGCGUUCAUAUCGUACGAACUUUUGUCGUGUUGUGGGCACUCUCCAUAAGUUUUUUUAAGAAGCUCCGUAGUAUAUUUGUUUUUGCGUUCUGCCCGACUAGGACUGCGAUGCCAAGUCUCAUGACGGGGUUGCUGACCUAACAGUAGCUGGCGAGUCACCGUAUUCCAUGGUUCAGUCGGCCGCCCCGGAUCAGUCGGUGUCCAAGGAGAACAGCUCCUUCUCCCCUCUCCACCGCACCAACGAUCGCUUCGAGUAGUGGGCCGACGCCAAAUGCGGUCAGAACACCGCGUCUUCGCCGUUAUGGUAUUUCUGGAUGACCGAGGCAACUUCCGGCAGGCACUUCGUACUAUAAAUUUUCCCGUUCACGGCCAGUGAAGAAAAAGCAAAAGAAGGGCGGUUUUGAUAUCCACUUCUCGCAGACUGUCAGCCAGAGCAGCACCUUCGUGGGGGAAGUAAAAUACAAAGUGCCCUGUCAGUCGUUGCCAUCCAGGAUGGAUGGAGGAUGGAUGGAGGUCUCGUCAUCCAUCACCACGCGAAUCGCCGGGAAAAUUAGUUCGAUUGAUAGAGCUGUCAAUUUUUUCCUGCUGACUCAUGGGUUACUAUGAUUGAUGCUACAUGGGUAGUUUCGCCAGUGCGUGGAACCCAUGGAAAAUCGGCAAUUUUUGUCCAUUUUUUAUGACAAACGUUAUGCUCUGGUCCACACUGUAUUCUAUUUUGUGGGUUAUAAUGCUGGUACGCACUGCGCAGUCAUUGACCAACCAAAUUGUAAUAUCACACGAAUUAAUAAAUUUAAAUGAAAGAAAAAUAUACUAAAAAAAUUUGAAAAACACUUCGUCCUUUAAAUAAAAGAGAAAUAUACUGGAAAAAAUUGAAAAAAAAACUAGAAAAAUAAGGGGAUUUUUCUAAAAUUCACAUUCAAAUUUAUUUAGUUUUUGGAAAGUGAAAUAGUUUCUCAAGGGGAGAAAAUAUGAUUGAUAAAAAGUUAAGCAAAGUAUCAUUCGAAUCCAGUAGAUUGAUUAUUCUGAUUGAGAACGCUUGCCUUCUUGAUUUUCUUUCGUUCGGAACUACACUUUUUUGGAAUUUAUCAUUUUUUUCUCAUUCAGGAUUGCUUUAGGAUCAGCAUGCAAAAUAUUUCCAUUUUCUGUGUUCUUCAAGAUUAGAAGUUGAACAGUAACAUAAGUAGAGUUAGUUUUUGUUCGCCAUUUUGUACGUUUCUUAACAGCCAUUCCAUUAGGACUGAAUCCAGUGAAAAAAGCUACGAAGAAUUCAAUAAAAUAACAAACAAAAGAAGAAAGUUGCAAAAUUUGUCGUCAUGUGCUCAAACUACUGAAGAGGAAUCCACUGGCGAUACGAAUCCGUGUUAAACCAAAGAAAAACAAACUCUAAAUGAGGCACAAAUUUUAAAACUAGAUUUGAUGUGACUCCCCACAAAAAUUGACGACAAACCAUUUGAAUGAGAAAAACGGUUUUACGAUUAGAGAACAAUAAUUUCCUUCGUCCAAAGUAAGCGAACAAAAAAAAAAAAAAACUAAAAAUAAAUAAAUAAGCAUCCAUAUCAUUACGAUUAUCACCACAGCUAAUUGGAACGUAAAAUAAUCGGCAAAUUAAAUUCAAUAUCAGCUGAAAAUGUUUUUGCUUGCUUGCAAUCAGUUCUUUUGUAAAUAUUUUGAUUGAAUAUUAGCUAGAUGAAGAAAGAAAAAAAAAAACAACGCAUCUAGCGGGCCAAAAAAGAGAAAGAGAGAUGAAACAAAACAAGUGUGUAUGAUAUCUAACAACAAUUAAUAUUAGUGCGAGCAGAGAGUCAUUUAUAGUGAGAUGUGAGAAAGAAAAAAAAGCCAACGCAUUAGUUGAGCUGCUCGUUUCUCUUCCGUAUUAGUAGAGCAAUUCUAAAUAGUCAAACAAAAAAAUGAUUGGAUGAAUGUGAAUGUGACGACAAGGAAAAGCAAGGAGAAGUUUAGCGAAGAGAUAAAUCAGAAUGAUAAAGCAUAGCUUGUGAAGAGAGAUUUAUUACGUGAAGCAAUUUUCUGUUUUAACAAAAUGGUGUGCAAGGGUCAGAUGCCAAUAGUUAGGUUUUUCCUUUCAAUUUUUGUUUACUUUUGGGAUGAUGAUCCACAAUUUUUCAGUGUUUUUGUUCUUAAAAAAAAACCAACAACAUGUAAUACGCCAAUAUUUGAUAAGACUGUAAUUUAUAGCAAUACACGUAACAUCUAGUGAAAUGAGGAAAAAAGAGUGCAGCAAGUGACGGGAAAUCGAACAGAAACAGUUGAAAACAAUCCAUGGAAAAAAAAAGGUUUUCGAUUCAUUGUGAGCAAAAGCAAGAAAGCAAAAUUAGCAAAAAUAAGUAAUUAACAGAAAAAACAAGAGAACAAAAACUUUUUAUAUUAACUAGUUAAAGUUUAAAACAAAAGAAGCAAAUGGGUGACAUUCCCUUUAAACAAAAAAUAAUUAAUAAAACGCAGCAGAAACUAUUGAGGAACAAACAAUAGAAAAUAGCGCGAGACUUUCUCGCAAUAGCUGCAGGCUGCAGACAUAACGAAAUCGCAUAAAAUGUAAGAAAAUAUCCAUCCGUUUUCGCUUAGUUGAGCUAAAUAUUCGACGCUAUUCAACGAACCCCCAUCAAUUCGAUGUCGUCUCUCUCUUUCGUGAGAUAACAAAGAAUGCAAACCAAACAAAAAAAAAAAAAAACAAA